AUGUCAUACCUUCUCUACUCCAUCUCAUUCUUUGCCAUCGUCCUCGGCACGAUUCUCUUCUUCACCCGUGCCCACUGGAUUCCUCACGUCCAACAUAUGCGACCUCGACUCCCCGGCGCCGACUACAUUUACUCGCGACUUCCCAACAGCUUCGCCGGUGAUAUCGAGGCUGGUCUGACCAGUAGCAACUUUAAUUUGUCGGAAAACGUCGAGUCUGGCGAUUCGCGCGCCGGCCUCGACGAUGCAGCCAAGGCUGAGGUUCUGGCUAUCAUGAAAAAGAGGAGAAUGAAUUUCGACCAGGCAAGAAAGGUCUAUAUGGAGAACCGAUUCAAGGCCAACGGUAUCGGCGCCGAUGGCCUUCCGAGAGAUCCGAAGUUUGUGAGCUUCUCUUAG